UACAAAACUAUUGUUAUACCAGUUCCAAAAUCACCAGUACUAGUUCCCAACUGUAAACUUUCCUAUACCGUCUUAAUUCUCAAAUUAACAUUGUGUACUAGUACCAUUAGUUCUAAACUUAUACUAGUACUCUUAGACACAAUUACGUCUUUUAGAACCAGUUUAUUACUAGAACUAAUAUUCACAAAAAGUCCCCAUAUUCCCCAUAGUCUUACUUACCUAUGGAGCUGCAUGAAACUGGACCUAAACAGUCAUUCACACAUGUCAAAUAAAAAUCAGUCUGCAAGUGGGGACUUUGAACUACUUCUAGUACUAGUAUUUUUUCAUAUAAACUUUAACCCCUUUCGUACUAGUGUCUGCUGUUCUUGUGCUAGUACUAGUGAAAUUAAAACAAUUAUCGUUUCAUUUCUGGAAGGCUAUGGUACUGAUAAAAAUACACAUUAGAAGGAGGUCGGAGGUGACAGUUUAUGUCGAUAGUCAGGCAGCACUUAAGGCCCUGAAAUGUCAUGUAGUUCAUUCCAGAUUAGUAAGCAGCUGCAGAGAUGCUAUCCGCGAGCUAACUGGGAUGUUUAAAAUCAAGUUGUGUUGGGUUCCAGGGCGCUGUAAUAUACAGUGUAAUGAGAUCGCAGAUGAACUGGCCAGACAAGGGUCAGAUCUGGACAAUAAUAGUGGAAAUCUCUUAUCUGCUACUACUAUAGUAUCCAAAGCCUUAUGGCCGAGGUUGAAUGCCAAGGCAAGCAGAACACUAUUAGGAUUGGACAGGAGGAGUAUUAGAAUUAUUGUAGGAGAGAAAACCGGUCACUGUGCAAUAGGAGCCUUUUUGGGUAAUUGGGUCUUUAACACACAGGAGUUUUGUAGGUUGUGUGAGGACGAAGAGGAGCUAGAGACAGUAGACCAUAUUUUGUGUGACUGUCCUGGUGCACAGAGUCUGAGGCGGAAAUGGCUAGGAAAAACAUUUCAUGAUGAUUUAGUAGAUGUAGCUAGGUGUAGUUUAGACCACAUUCUAGAUUUUGUAAGGGGAGUGGAUUGGCUAUUGAGGCGCCAGACCUCGUAGAAUUCCCUUGCAAUACUAUUAACAUUCUUUCUCUAUUAGGAUAGGAAUUCAGUAAUUUCAAACUUAUCUCUUUAGCUUUACUAUCUUCAUUCUAUUUAUUUUUCUUGUUUCUUCUUAAAGGGAAUCUCCUGGGUCUCCGAGUGGAAGUAUACAUUUUUGGUA